AUGCACAUUUAAUAUAGGAUAAAUUGAUGACAAUUGCGUCUUCCUUAGAUGGGCUCAAUGGUGGAUGAUAAGUGCAUCACAAUUUUGUUUUUUUAAUCGUCUUCUUUAACAAGGAGGGGCAUAAUGGUAAGUCCACGUUCACCACGUUCACUGUCCACUUGAUAUAACCCAUGGAAGAGCCUGUCUUUCAGAAAGAAAGAAAAAAACACUCCUCUCCUCUCUUCUUCCCCACCCUGCUCCUCUCUUUUCCAGUCUUCCUCCAAAAUUUUCCGGAGGGCUUCUUCUUCUUCUUCUUUCAACGCCUUUGGAUUGUGAAACCCUUAUCAUCUUUCUUCUGAGUGAUGGGUGUGAGCAGCCGGUGUUCCCAUACUUCUCACAUCACUGAGAUCAUCAUCACCAGCUUCUUCCGCCACAAGCUCUAGAUCAAGGAACAAAAAAUUAAAAUUCGAAACUGGUUAAUCCUUGGGGCUUAGCCAUGGGGUUUUGAAAGCUUUUCAAUAGUUUGAAGAGGGAAGUGCUGGUAUGGCAGGUGGGAGGGUUUACGGCGGGUCGAAUCUUACUGCUUUGCUUCAAAACCGGAGAGUUCCUUGUUCUUCCGAGCCUCUUGAUUCUUUGUUCAUUUCUGGGUCUUCUCCUUCUUUCCUCGGUUCAAGAUCCAUGGUAAGCUUUGAAGACUUUAAUGGAGGAAACAGGUCGGAUAUAUCAUUCUUCCGCACAUUUGAUCAAGAAGACCACGUAGAUGAGGAUUUGGAUGAGUAUUUUCAUCAACCCGAAAAGAAAAGGCGGCUUAGAGCUGACCAAGUCCAGUUCCUUGAGAGGAGCUUUGAAGUGGAGAACAAGCUAGAACCAGAAAGAAAAAUCCAGCUUGCAAAGGACCUUGGUUUGCAACCUCGGCAAGUUGCAAUAUGGUUUCAGAACCGAAGAGCACGAUGGAAGACAAAACAGCUGGAGAAGGAUUAUGAGGAUUUGCAAACUAGCUAUAACAGCCUUAAGGCUGAUUAUGAUGGCCUUCUCAAGGAGAAGGAGACACUGAAAGAUGAGGUUCUCCUCCUCACAGACAAGUUGCUUCUCAAGGAGAAAGAGAGGGAAAAGUUGGACAUGUCUGAUACCAACAAACUAUUGCAACCUCCACCACGAAAGCUCUUUCCCAACUCACAGCCUGAGGAUGAGGGAUCAAAAGAUUCAAGUGUGGCCUGUAAGCCGGAAGAGCUUAGUUCUGCCAAAAGUGAUGUGUUUGAUUCAGACAGUCCACACUGCACUGAUGGGGGUCAUUCACCUCUCGUAGAGCCCGGUGAUUCCUCUCACACAUUUGAACCUGACCAGUCAGACCUUUCUCAGGAUGAAGAAGAUAAUUUCAGCAAGAGCAUGCUACCUCCUCACAUCUUUCCAAAAAUUGAAGAUGCUGAUUACCCCGACCCACCUGCAAAUUCAUGUAACUUCACCUUCCCAGUUGAAGAUCACCAUGCCUUUUGGUCCUGGCCUUUUUGAGUUGUGUUUGAAAUGUAUGUAUUCUGCCUGUUUUCUCUGGGUAUUUCUAUCAUGUUAAGAGUUGUAACAAUUAAUAAGGAGUAAAUCCAAGCCAUGGCACCCUACUCUAGAUUAACAUGGUGGUGGAUUUGGGUUGUACUUGGAAAUGGUGCCAUUUUGCCUGUUUAUUCUUGUUUCAGUGGGAUUACUUAGAGUAAAUUGUGACUUUUUUGUUCACAAUGUAAAUAAAUAAAUGCUUUUAAUCU